GUGCGUCUGCCGGCUGCGCGUGCGCGGAAGGGACCGCUCACACGAUUAGGAGAAAUGGCGGCGGUUUUGGGUGGGCACCAGCCUUGGUAUUCGAGGACCGCCAUCCCAUCCUCGCAGCUCAACCGCAGCCUCGAGAGAGUCUUAGAGGAGGCCGUUCAUUCUGGCAUUCUCAAUCUAAGCGGGCGGAAGCUGAAGGAGUUCCCUGCUGUAAACUACGACUUGACAGAUACGGUGCAGGCAGAUCUCUCAAAGAAUAGAUUUAUUGAUAUUCCACAAGAACUUUGUUUGUUUGCACCAUUGGAGACACUACAUUUAUACCACAAUUGCAUUAAAUGCAUUCCAGAAACUAUUGUUAAUCUGCAAAUGUUAACUUUUCUAAAUAUUAGUCGAAAUCUUCUAUCAACAUUGCCAAAAUACCUGUUUAAUCUUCCACUUAAAGUUUUAGUCGUGAGUAACAAUAAGUUAGUUUCUCUACCUGAGGAAAUUGGAAAACUCAAAGACCUAAUGGAAUUGGAUGUUAGCUGCAAUGAGAUUCAAAUCCUUCCUCACCAGAUGGAAAAGCUUCAGUCACUCAGAGAAUUGAAUAUUAGGAGAAAUCAUCUGCAUGUAUUACCUGAAGAAUUAGCAGAGCUUCCUCUUGUAAAAUUAGACUUUUCCUGCAAUAAAGUGACCAAAAUACCCAUCAGUUUUAGAAAGCUCAAAUGUCUUCAGGUUAUGAUAUUAGAUAACAACCCAAUGCAAUCUCCUCCAGCUCAGGUUUGUAUAAGAUAUGUUCAGAUACAUAUAUUCAAGUUCCUGAAUAUCCAAUCAUGUCGCAUAGACAAGAAGCCAGAUUCUUUGGAUCUUCCUUCUUUGGAUAAGAGAUCACAUCCUCAAGCCCUUACAGAUAGCAUGGAAGAUUUUUAUCCAGUUAAAAACCAUGGUCCUGAUUCGGGCAUUGGUAGUGACAAUGGUGAUAAACGAUUGUCUACAACUGAACCCUCAGAUGAUGAUACAGUUAGCCUACAUUCACAAUUAUCCGAAAUAGCCAAGGAUAUUCCUCUGAAAUCGGACAAUCAUUUGACUGGAAAUAAAGUAAACUCCCAUAAGAGCUCACUGGAUCAGGAGCAUUUUGACUUUAUUGAGAACACUGAAGAGGAGAAAACACCGUCAUCUGAAGCAGAUGUUCAUCCAAGAGUUCCAUUUGUGACCUGUACAAAAGAUCGAGGAAAGCUAUCUGAAAGAUCACAGUUUAUGGAAGAAAAUAACUGGGAAGAUGAGUCAAGACCCUCAAGUGUUAUACAGCAAAUGGUUCGAGAUGAGGAUGAGUUGAAGGAAGUUAUGGAUUUGCGCAAAAUAGCAGCUCAAUUAUUGCAACAGGAACCACAAAACAGACGGAGGCCAGUAACUUUUAAAGCAUCAUUCAAUGAAAACUUUAUCCAAAGGAGAAGGUCAGCAGGACCAGGAUCAAGGCUGUUAGCACACUCGUCUAUAAGUGGAAGGGACAAGAAGAAAAGAGCACUGGAAUCUAACAGUAGAUCAACCGAUAAAGUUACAUCACCACGAUUGCUGUUCAGCUGUCAGUCAACAGGUUACUCUGGAGUUGAGAAACAAGAUAUGAAUAAUGCAGAACAAAAAUAUGGUGAGGCACAGCGACAUGUAGAAUGGCGUCAUGAAGAAAGGAAACACGUUAAACAGAUCAGGAAAGACCACAUGAAGCAGUUGAGAUCUUCAAAGAAGACUAAAGAGGAAUUUGCAUAUGAAAAUAAGUCAGAUAUUGAAACUACAUCCAUGCCUUCGGCAGCAUCUGCUCAGAUCAUAUCUUCUUCACCUUCUGUCCAGGUUAUACGUAGCCUAUCGUUUGAGGAGGAAGGCAGGUCCGUUGCCUUUUCCGCACCAUCCGCAGCUGUACCUUUUGGUCUCAAGCCUCGAUCUGCUUUCACGCGUCCAUCUCGCCAGGAAUUUGAAUCAAUGGAUCCGGGAUUUACUAUUCGAAGGAGGAUGGAACACGUUAGAGAAGAAUUGGAACAAAUUAGGCAUCUUAAACAGAACCUUGAAUUAAGGUUAAAAGUUAUUUUGCCAGAAGACGUAGGUGCAGCAUUAAUGGAUGGCGUGGUACUGUGCCAUCUUGCCAAUCAUAUUCGUCCACGAUCAGUGGCCAGCAUUCAUGUCCCAUCACCAGCAGUGCCUAAACUGAGUAUGGCAAAGUGCAGAAGAAACGUUGAAAGUUUUUUGGAGGUUUGCAGAAAAUUAGGAGUUCCAGAGGAUAAACUUUGUCUGCCUCAUCAUAUAUUGGAAGAACGUGGAUUGGUGAAAGUGGGUUCUACAGUGCAAGCUCUACUUGAGCUACCUACAUCUAAACAUAUACAGUUAUCUGCUGUGUAACUAAUGUUUGUUGUUCAGCCAUUUAUAAAUGAUCAUGUUCAUAGUUUACAUUUUACAGCCAAGUUCAAACAAAGCUGAAUUCAAAACUCGAAUUUGCAGAAAUGACAUUAACUCGGCACUUUCUUUUGAAACAAAUCAAUCUUAUAGCUCACACUGCUUAAGCCAAUACGUAUAAAAUAUCAAUAAUCGUCUGUUUAGCCAAUAAUUGCACUCGGCUUGCUGGAGCUGCCAUAUAGGAAACCUCAGAAUAAGUUAUCUUGUCUUUGCUCAAUGACCAUAAAAAUAGCAGAUGUUCCUUCUACGCAGAUUUAUAAGGCAAAUACAUUAUUGUGACAUCAUCCAUUUAAAUGUUAAUACUUAUUACAUUGUCCUGUUCCUUGAAGUUGUAUAAAAAUAUUCUUAUUAUACACUAUGGGGGUCAUUUGAUCCACUCUUGUAGAAAAGAGAUGAAUUUUCAGUGCCAUAAAAUUUUUGAAUCUUUUUUUUUGUAUAAUCUAACCUCCACUGGUUGCCUUCCUAUUUGAGAUUUUAGUCUUGAUUUGUAAAUUGAUCAAUUCAACGGUUGCUCUUCAUAUUUUUUAAGGGCUAUUCGAUUUUCUGUACGAGUUAUGUGUGCCAUUUCAUAUAGAACUUCUACAUAUUGAAUGCCAAGGAUUUUUUUAAGUCUCAAACAUUCAUGACUUGUUACUUUGAAUUCCUUGAGCAUGCAGGUCAGGUUGGCUUCUACCAUCUAGCACCAAGGGGCUGGAUGCAUUCAUGACUUAUAUUGUACUAUGUUUAUUCUAACCAAGGGAAACUUCAAUUAUUAGUUCAGUGAAACUGCCCUUUAGCCCCUAAUUUAAAGGAGUUGUCCAAAACAGGAUAUGAAGUAUUCUGAUAAUAAAAACUUGUAAAGCUUUGAUCAUUUCAUGGGGAAGGUUCUUAGGCAACAUCCUACGAUACUAAAUGCCGAGCUGCGCCCAGAUGUCGUAUAAAAGACUUGAAUUGAAUAGACCAUUCAGCUUGUAGCAAAUCACAGACUAAUGGACCGUCAUCAUCCAAAAUGUAUGUUUCUUAAUUUCCCCAUUCAUAUAUUGUGAAGCCUGUCUGUAGGAAAUUUUAGAAAUUUAAUUUUAGUCACAUCUCAAUCUUUUCCAUACACAAAAAUUAUUAUCCGGAUAUUGAAUGUUUGUAGACAGUUCACUUUGGUUUGAAACCAAAUGUAUGCAAGGAAAAUUAAUUACCGACAAGGCCACUUCCACAUACAAUGGCUCAAUCAAGCGAUCAAAUAAAUUAUUUUUCGCAGUCAACUUCUUCAUUCAGGCCUAGCAUAGCAUGUUUAUCUUCUAUCAUGAACAGAAUAUUUAUUUUCAUAUUUUUUUAAUGUAGAUGCUCCCUUUGAUUUAAAUACUUUAAUUUGUUCACCAUAAGUUCAUGUCAUAGGUGCAGGAUUAGGCUAUUCGGCCUAUCAAACCUACCAUGCCAUUCAAUCAUGACUGAUCUAUCUUUCCCUAUAAACACCGCCUUAA